ACAUUUCAUAUAUUCUUUGCGAAAUAUCUGGAACUUCCUCGUCCUCUUAUUUGCUGUGUCACAUCACCACGGUUUUAUUUCCAAAUCUACAGCCACGGAGUGGAAAGCAGUAUCAGUUUUAGCUUAGCAACGGAGAGGUUUGUUACUAGCUACACCUUGAUUGACAAAACUUUACAUCCAAUGGCAUGGCGGUGCUUUUUGUCCAGGCUCGGGAUUACGAACCAAUACAAUUUGUUGUGAAAGGUUCAGAGUUCACUCUGGUGCACGUGGUUUAAAAUGGCUGCGCCCUUCACUAAAUAAUGAUACAGAAGAAAAUAUUGAAACAGCUAAACCCCACCAAAGAAGAAGAAACAGCUAAACAUUUACAGCACAUAGCUAGCUACAUUAGAGCUGAAACAUCGCCAAGGGAAUCUUGCUGAAGAUGUCAGAAAACAGCAAUGUCGUUGUACAGAAAGGCACCAGCCGCACAGUUUCCAGAGCCCUGAUCAUUCAAAUGAUGGCGGAAAAUUUCGAACGGUUGCCUGAACUUGACAGGAAAAUCUUCACCUAUGGCCCCAUGUACCUGGGAGGUAAUGGGGCAUUUGCAGGACUGAUUGCCAACAGCUUAUACAGGAGAGCACUGAAUGUCACUCAAGGGCGUUUUACAUCAAAUCUCCCAAUGGCUGUCCUACCAUUCUUGACAACAGUGGCCAUGUAUAAUGUAGCUGUAUCCAAACCAUUAUUGUCUGGUGACCUUAACUGUCCAACCUGUGUCCUGAUAAGAGGUGCCCUUGUCGGCGCAGUUGGUGCUGGCGUAUAUCCUAUUCUGUUGGCUUUGCCUGUGAAUGCAGGCCUUGCAACCAGGUACAACACUACACCAUUGCCAGAAAAGGGAAACGUCCUCCGUUUUUGGAUGAACAUUACCCAACCCAUCUUAAGGAAAAUGGGUGUUGUGAUAGUGCUACAGGUGUUCUUUGGAACCUACCUAAGCUCCAGACACUUUGACAGCUACUUGAAGUUGAUUCAGUUGUCCACCUCAAAUGGCGAGGACCUUCAGGAUUAAAACAGUUUCAAACCAA